AUGGAUAGCUCAGACGAGUCGUUCAAGACCCCGCCCGAUUCGAUAGACUCGGCAGUACAAGAAAAAAUGGAAUAUUACUCGUCGGACGAUGAUGAUCAGCCCUUCAAGCCGACCCCACGCGCCACCAUCGACCGGGAAAAGAAGCGACCUCACGAAAAGAAGAAGCGUGCGAUGUUGCUUGAUGAUUCGUUCAAUGUUUCGAUCCCCUCGGAAGCCUUGGACUCGCCCGCUCCGAAAUUUCAAAAGAAGGUCCAAAUAGUCAGCUCGGAUGAAGAGCUAAGUGGAUCCGAGGCGGCCGACGAUUCGGACAUUAGGGCUUCCACAUUCUCGGAAUCGAGUGAUGACGAACGAGAAAAGGCCCGUCGAAAAAUUUCUCGUCGCAGCUUCGUCAACUUGGAAAGGGACUUGAUCUCCGAUGGGCCGAUGACUGACAACGAUGACGAUCAUGCAACCGAGAAACGUCUCGUUCGAUCGGUCCAACAGACCCCCUCACCGAUUAAUAAGAAAUCGUUCUCGAUUGGUGGCAGCGGAUCGGCACAGCGUCGGUUAAUCGCUAGCAUUGAUGAGACGCCGCCGCCCCGCUCAACCGGCGAGCAGAAGACGUUCACUGUUAUGCUGGACGAGAGCAUUCAGAUGCUAGAAGAAGCUGCCAUUACGCCAAGAGACUCUCGGACCCGCGAAAAUGCGUCGGCAAAGAAGUCUCCAAACGCGACUCUUCCAUUAAAUGAUGAAAUGGAUAUUUCCGACCCCAGCGGCGACCUCGGCCGGACGAUUUCGACGCAUUUCUAUGUGGAACACGAAGGCGACGUGAUAGAGAAGAUUGGUUCCGUGCCUAGCAGCGAGCUAGCCCUUGAUGGUACCUUCGUAUUUCGUCGUCCCCAGGAUGCGCAAGAAACGUUCACGAUCGACGAGGAUGAUGCGCAGGGAACACCCUUGCGAACACCAGAAUCCCUUUUUGGCAGCCGUGGCACGUGCGUGGUCAAAAAGGAGGAUGGAUCGCCAGGCCAAAAUGAUGGUCCUCGGGAAGCGCAAGAGGUUUUUACUAUCGAAGAGGAUGACACGGAGGCAAAGACCGAGCGGACACCGGAAUCCUUCUUUCGCCGCGAUGGCACCUUUGUUGUCAAGAAGGAUCACGAAAUCGAAGACUCGCCGAUUCAAAAUGAUGAUCGAUCGAAGAAGCCAAUCGUCGUACUCGAUCUCUCCGACUCCGAUUCGCCUGGGCGCGGGAAACGAUCGACAUUCACCAUUUCCGGCAGACAAGCUCUCUCGCCCACAGAUGCGACUCGCACGCCUACCGCCGCCGAAGAAUCGGACUUGUCGACCCAGAUCAUCGACUCCGAUGACGACGAUACUGGGGCUCGGCCGCCACGCCCCACCAAAAAGGUACCGGUGGUCAACAUCUCGGACAGCGACAGCGACUCGUCCCCAACUGUUACGAAAGUUGAGGACGACGACUCGGUGGUUGAGGAGGAGCCCGGCGCGGGCCCAGAUUUUCGAGCGCAGCCUCAAGUGCCCAAGGAGCAGCAGAGUCGAUUUUUGCGUGGUCUUUUCAGACAACUCGAAACAAUCCCAGUCGCCGGGACUGAUGAGGCCGAGACCCCGGAAUGGAUGUCCGUGGAGCUGCUCCCGCACCAGAAGUACGGCCUGAAGUGGAUGCAGUGGCGCGAAGAGCAAGGCAAUGGAGGCGUGCUAGCCGAUGAGAUGGGCCUUGGGAAAACGACAUCAGCCAUUUCCCUGGUCGUCUCGUACCUGAAGGCCCUGGAGGCCGACGAGUUUUUUCAAGAGCAGAAGGCGAGGCGCGAGAAGGCGAUGAAAUUGGCGAGCGCGGAGAAUCGAAGGAAGUUGAAGGGCACGUUCUCGACGCUGAUCGUCGUCCCGUCUUCCGUGGUCAACCAAUGGAACGAGGAAAUGGAGAAUAAGGUUCAGAAAGAGUACGCGCUGCGCGUCUACUGCUACACGCAGACGAGGGCCAAACGGGAUCGACUCGAUGACAAAGUGCUACGCCAGGCCGACGUCGUGUUGACGACCUACGACAUCGUUCGCGGCGACGUGCUAAGGAAGGGCCCGGAGCACCACCUCGACCCGACGUCCAAGCUGGCGGGCAUCUUCUGGAAACGCAUCAUCCUCGACGAGGCGCACGUCAUCCGCAAUCCGUCUACCGCCGGAAAUGCCGCCAUCUGUGCCGUGCCCGCCGAUUGUCGCUGGGCACUCACCGGCACGCCGAUCCACAACAAGCUCACCGAUCUCUACGCCUUGGUCAAGUUCAUGGACAUCCUGCCGUUUGCCGACUUUACGUUCUGGAAAGAGAAGAUGGAGGGCUCGUCAAAGGAAUGCGCUAACCGUGUGAACACGCUGGUGCACACCAUCCUGCUCCACCGCAACAAGGACAUCCUCAAGCUGCCCGAGCGCGUCAAUCACGAUUGUCGCCUGCAAAUGGACGGCGACGAGAAGAAGGCGUACGAGAUGAUGCUCGACUCGGCGCAGAUGAAGGUCGAAGAAUUCCUCGAGGAACGCGCCGGAGGCCACUCGACGUUUGGCAACAGGAAGAAGACGCGGGCCGCCCCGGAGAACAGCGUAUUCGGCGGCGUCGUAGGCAAAGAGGGCAAGCUAAAGAUGCACGUGAUUCUCGUCGUCCUGCUACGUCUCCGCCAGGCCGCCAUCCAUUUUUCGUUGACCACCGAGGCGCUGAACAUGGACGCGUUCGAUGGGUUGUUAGAAGACGUGGACACGGACUACUUGGAGAAGCUCGACGGGGACAUGUCGCGCAGCUUUGGUCGCGAGAACCAGAAGUACAGCAUUUUUGACGCGAAGAAGCCGAGCACAAAGAUAGCGAAAGUGCUGGAGCUGUCGAUGGAAAUCGUGGAACGCGGAGAAUCGGUGGUCGUCGUCAGCCAAUGGACCGGCGUGCUGGGCCUAAUCGCCGAUCACCUCGAUGAGGCCUCCGUGCGCUACGCCAAAUUUGACGGCUCGAUGAACCGGGAUGAAAAGGCCGAGGUGGUGCGGAAGUUUGUGCAAAAGAAGACGAUCCCCAUCCUCCUCCUCUCCCUGGCUUCCGGCGGCGUCGGGCUGAACUUGCAGACAUGCUCCAAUCUGAUCAUGGUCGACCCGCAUUGGAACCCGCAACUCGAAGAACAGGCCUGCGCUCGCAUCCACCGCCACGGUCAGAAGAAUGCCGUCAACAUCUAUAAAAUCAUUUGCGAGGGCACCAUCGAGGAGCGAGUGCUUCAACUGCAGGAGCGCAAAAAGCAGCUGGCCGGCGGCGUGCUCACCGGCCACGCAACAAAACAAUCCGCGAAGCUGACCCUAGACGAUCUGCGCUUCUUGUUCGGCACCGCCGUCGACGUGCCUGCCAGCCGAAAGGGGCAGCGUAAGAAGGGGCGCACCCCGCUGCACGGCAUCCACAACUUUGAUCUGCCCGGUUUCGAGGAUCAA